AUGAGUGACACAAUCCUUGACAGCUCGGGAGAUGCCUCUGAAAAGUCGGCCAUCCAGGAGGAGCCUCCUGUUGAGCCCGUCGCCUUCAAGCCGGGCCGCGACUUCUUCCUCGCCUUCGCCGCCCUGUCGAUCCUCAUGCUCGCCGUCGCGCUCGACGCCACCUCUCUCGGCGUCGCCCUGCCCAUCAUGAGCACAGAGCUUGGCGGCACAGCUCUUCAGGCCUUUUGGUCUGGUACCAGCUACCUUCUCGCCAGCACUGUUCUCCAGCCCAGCUUUGCCUCGAUGAGUGCCAUCGUCGGCCGUAAAUACGUUGUCUACGUCAGCUGCUUGCUCUUCACGGUUGGCUCCAUCAUCUGCGCCGUGGCCCAGAACUUCACCGUCCUCCUCAUCGGCCGCAGCAUCCAGGGCAUCGGGGGCGGCGGCAUCAUCGCCCUCAGCGAAGUCAUCGUCACCGACCUCGUGCCCCUCGCCGUCCGUGGCCAGUGGCUGUCCAUUCUCUCGGCCAUGUGGGCCAUCGGCACCGUCGCCGGGCCCCUCAUGGGUGCCGGCUUUGCCCAGCACGCCACCUGGCGCUGGAUCUUCUGGAUCAACCUGCCCCUGAUGGCCGUCGGCCUCCUCAUGAUCUACUUCUUCCUCAACCAGACCGAGCUCCCCGGCGACCUGCGCACCAAGCUCGCACGCUUCGACUGGUUCGGCAGCUUCCUCUUCACCGCCGGCUCCACCAUUCUGCUUUUCGGCAUCUCCACCGGCGGCGUCAUGUACGACUGGGGCUCCUUCCGCACCCUUCUGCCCCUGAUCCUCGGCAUCCUCACCCUGCCCGUGUUUGCCUACUGGGAGCUUCACUGGGCGAAAGAGCCCGUCAUUGACAGAGGCAUCUUCCGAAACUGGACCAUGAUUGCCAACUACAUCAUGACCGUCUUUCACGGCAUGAUCCUUUGGUCGCUCAUCUACUUCCUCAUUCUGUACUACCAAGGCGUCAAGUUCUACUCCCCCAUCAUUUCCGCCCUCGCCUGCCUCCCCGAGAGCCUGACCGUCGCCCCCGCCGGCAUCGUUGUCGGCGUCAUCGCCGCCAUCACGGGCCACUACCGCUGGUCGCUCUGGACGGGCUGGGCGCUGACGACGCUCGGCGCCGGCCUCCUCUACCUCCUGAACCCCGACACGCCCGUCCGCCACUGGAUCCCGCUCAACCUCCCCAUCGGCGUCGGCACGGGCAUGCUCUUCCCCGCCAUGGCCCUCUCCAUCCAGGCCGCCUGCGCCCCGCACCUCAACGCCCAGGCCGCCGCCUUCUUCGCCUUCCUGCGCACCUUUGGCCAGUCCGUCGGCGUCGCCGUCGCCGGCGUCAUCUUCCAAAACGCCCUGGCCGACGAGCUCGCCGCCACGACCGAGUUCGCCGCCGUCGCCGACCGGUACGCCGACGAGGCCACCAUCGUCAUCGGCAUCAUCAACGGCAUGGCCCCCGGCCCCGACCGCGCCGUCCUAGUCGCCGCCUACGCCGACGCCCUCAAGACCAUCUGGCUCAGCCUGCUCGCCUUUGCCGCCUUCUGCCUCGUCCUCAGCGCCUCGGUCGCGAGCUACUCGCUGCAGCAGGCCCACGACCCCAAGCAGGCCCUCGUCACGAAGCAGCGGGACGCCGCCGCCGCCAAGAGGGCGGCGGCCGACGUCGAGGCCGCGACGGCCAAGGCGUAG